UGCCCGCGCAGCUCUCACCGCGGUCCCCUUAUUUGGAUCUGCGGGAAUGUGGGCUGGAGCGGUCCUGCCGCGGUACCAGCCUCCAGCCUAUCGCCGGGACUGCCCCUGACCCAGGCGCGCCCGCUGCUCGGUGGCAGGAGGGCCGGCGGAGCGCCAUGGCCUGCAUCCUGAAGAGAAAGUCUGUGAUUGCAGUGAGCUUCAUAGCAGCGUUCCUCUUCCUGCUGGUUGUGCGCCUUGUAAACGAAGUGAAUUUCCCAUUGCUGCUAAACUGCUUUGGACAACCUGGUACAAAAUGGAUACCUUUCUCCUAUACAUACCGGCGGCCCCUUCGAACUCACUAUGGCUACAUAAACGUGAGGACACAAGAGCCUUUGCAGCUGGACUGCAACCUUUGUGCGAUAGUGUCAAACUCAGGUCAGAUGGUUGGCCAGAAGGUGGGGAACGAGAUAGAUCAAUCCUCCUGCAUUUGGAGAAUGAACAAUGCCCCCACCAAGGGCUACGAAGAAGACGUUGGCCGCAUGACGAUGAUUCGAGUUGUAUCCCACACCAGCGUUCCUCUUUUGCUGAAAAACCCUGAUUAUUUUUUCAAGGAAGCAAACGCUACGAUUUACGUUAUUUGGGGCCCUUUCCGCAACAUGAGGAAAGACGGCAAUGGCAUUGUUUACAACAUGUUGAAAAAGACUGUGGACCUCUAUCCGAAGGCCCAAAUCUACGUGACCACAGAGAAGCGCAUGAGUUACUGUGACGGAGUGUUCAAGAAGGAAACUGGGAAAGACAGGAACAAGCUCAUCUGGAGGGAGAAAAGAAGUGGCAGGAGUGAGGAAUGGAGUAGGGCUGAUAAAUGAAGUAGUUACACAGCAGUAACUUCUGGAGACAAGAUGACACCAGCCAGAAUGGAUAGUCUGACAAAAGGAGUGAGAAUUCUGAUAUGAUAAGAAAUUGUGCUCACAAAGUGAGACAGUCAUGUUUGCUUCCACAGGCGAAACACUUCCAGGGGAUGACAAGCCUAAGGGGAACCAUUUGAAAGUGACUGCGGUCUACAGUACAAAGUUAGGAAUUUAAAAUAAUUUUCCACCCAAAAAAAAGAUUCUUCACCACAAAUAAAUUAUUGCUUAUAUCCAUACUUUUCUUGAUUUAUUGCAUCAUCUUUCUCUUUCUUACAAAUUUGCAAUGCUAUUAGGAAGGUGGACUUCUCUAGUUGGGUUAGAUCCUAUCCCUGUGCCACCUAAUCUGUCCUUGAAUAUAGUUAUGGAUGUGAAAUUCACUUGUAUAGGACUGACCAUUCUGUUUUAGAGUAGGCCGGAAUCCAUUAACGUGGAAACAUAAGUGCUAGACUGUGGAUUUUAUCUUGUUGUGAUGGUCACAUAAAAAGCCUUCCCACCCUACGUGCCCUUUGCAAUAUUAUUUUGUCACUUUUCCCAUCAAGAAAUGAAGUCUGUCCCCUUCCCUUGAAUCAGCAGAUAAAUGGUGGUUAUCACUUUAAGCCUCUGAAUUUUGAGAGCUCUGUUACACUGCAGUAAGAUGUGAAGGGGUAGAGUCUCAAGGCAGAGGGUCAAAUGAAAAGCCCUUGGACAUAAUCAGAAGAUGAGCUGGCAAAUAUGGAAAGAGAAGUGGGGGAAAAUUAGGUGGCCAUGUUCAGUGUGACCGGUGAUUGGAUGGGGGUGCAGAGGAGAAAAUAAAAAAAGAUUAUUAUGAAAUGCUACUUCUGGGAAAUAAUGUUUAUCUGGACAGCAGUAUGUCUAGAUAAAGAACUGGAUUCUUGAGGAAGGUAAGUCCAGUUUGCAGUUGUUUUUUUUUUGAUGACAGCACAAAUUCCCUGUAAACGUGUUCCAGUAGCAGCUAGAGACACAGGCCGAAAACUGAGGACCUAGUCGGGGCUGGAGCUGUUAGUGGUUUCAAACAAAAAGAUGCAACCAGCUCUCCUUCCCUCCUGUCCCAACCUAAAGGGUGUUUUCUGACUUCUCUCUCCCAUAUUCAGUAGCAAAGGUGGAGCCAUCCAGCAGAAGGGAGAAACAAAGGAGAGGGAGAGGUCACAUGUGAGGGGAAAAAAAGCAACGUAGUGUCCUAUGGGAUUGCGUCUUAUUUUAGUUUCACCUCAGGAAGGCUGCACUGCUUGAGUGAAAAUAAGAAACCCAACACACACACUCAACUAAAAUGAUCAUCGUUCAAAACUUCUCCCUUGAAAGGAAAAUGAGAAACCCUAACCUCAGGUUUUUAAAUCACAAAGAAAGGACAAGAGAUGCUUUCCUUUUAUGGAUUCUUAAACCUUCAGAAAGUGCGCUUUUGUGUCUUGAUCAGGACGGCUGUGUCUGUGUGCCGGGGGGAAGCUGCAAUCCACUUAGCAGGCAACAUUACGACUUCCCAUUUGCCAGGUUGCUCCAAAAAGAGUGAAAAAUCAAGUAUACUGCAUCUCUUCUAAGCGAGCCAGUAUUGUGUAGAGAUUCUAUAGUAUAAAGAUUAUUGCCUAUGCUCUGCAGUCAGUUAGAAUGGACUUCAAAUCCUUGUCCCGUCACUACUGAGCGUGAGGCUUGGACAUGCCAUUAACCCCUGUGAGCCACAGUCCCCUCAUCUGUAAAAUGAGGAAAGUACCUGGCUCAGGGUGUUGUUUGAAAAUCAAUGGAAUAUUGGAUGUGAAGCACUUAAUCUGGUAAGGGCCCAGUGGGUGGUUCCUAUAGUCAUUAGAAUUAGUGCUAAUUUGUCAUUUUUGUCCCAUCACUGAGGUAAUUUUUCGGAAAUGUUUACAACAUAAGGAAAUACAGUCUGAGUGUAUUCAGUCAGUGAUUUAAAUGUGACGAUUGUUUAAUAUAUUAUGUAAUAACAGGUCACUUGUAAUGUAUAUGUAUCUGUAAGAUUUCCCUCUUAGGGGACAGAGUCUGUUGUUUCACAGAAUCUUUGUAAAUUUUCAGGCAAACCGAAACUGACAUGCUGGGUCCUCCUCAUUUCAUUAUUCAUAAUUUUGGAUGAAAGAAAAUAAGCCAUGUUCUGUUGCAGGAUUUGUCAAACUUUUUCUGUGAAAGAUGAGACAGUAAAUAUUUUUGCCUUGCUGGUCACAUAUGAUCUCUAUCUCAUUUUUUUUUCUGUUAUUUUACACAAUUCUUUAAAAAUAUACAAACCAUUCUUAGCACAUAUGAAAACAGAACACUGGUUGAAUUUAACCCAUAGGCUGUCGUUCACAGACCCCUGCUCUAGUGUAAAUUUGUAUUGUUCGUUACUGGGGUCCUUAUGCCAAUAAGUAUUGAAAAAAAGAAUGAGAAAAAUAUUCUGAUUCUGAUUCAGACGUACACCGGCUUAAAUAAGACUGUUAAUUGCUUUCCUUGUUGGAACAGGGCCAUCACUGAGAUGCAAUAAGCUUAGGUAUGAUUUUCAGGACUGGAGACCAUUCAGCACAUUAGUUCUGAACAAUAUCCUUGUGCUUUGCACAAAUUUCUUUCUCCUCCUCAGAGGAGCAGUUUGGAUACAGGGUUUUAUGGCAUCAGGCACAAGCUGUCAUUAAAACCCUAAACUGAAAAUCAUGUUGCCCUUUAUGAAAAUGAACAGCUGGUUAGCCCAGACCAUUGGCCGCCCUCAGAUCUAUCUGUGCUGCAUGCAAGUAGCUUGAAUAUCCCUUCACGAUGAGGGAUUUGCAGGACAUUUUUAAUCAACCAGUGGAAGGGAAAUCCUCAUCAGUGGUUAGUGUCUCUUUCAACUUCUGCACCUGCCUUGGCUCCUGUCUCUCUGUGGACCCAGGAGAGAAAUAUUCUCCUGAAGCCAUGAUCUAGGAUUAUCCUGAGCUUUUCUUUUCUGACUUGUGUUCCAAGAUGCUUUCCCAGAAACGCCAGUAGUGUCUUUCUCACUUCUCUUUGUCCUAUCUUUCUACUUUCCAUUGACUACAAAGAGAAAAAGGAGAAAUAUUUUUAAGUACUCCAAAAUAUUUUCUCAUGUUUUAAUCGAGCCUAUUUUUGGUGAAUCCAAUAUUUUAUGUUAAAAGAGGCAGAUGGAAUUGUGACCCACUGUCUGAGUGGCACCUUAGCUGAGGUCCUGGUCCUCUGGGAGACAGGCUGGACCAGCAGAGUGCCCUUGGGCUGGCUUGGUCUUAGUAUAACGUAGAGCCUGGAGCAGAUUAGGGCAAGCAGCUUCUUUUGUUCCUUUUACCCUUAGCCUACACUGGACCCAGGCCUUUGGCAUCAUGCACAUCUGAUAGACGAUGAAGGCUGGCUCAGGAAAAGCACGUUUAUCGGGGAAGAGAAACAGCUCAAGGUGGAGAGAGCCUGAGCACACUUGUCCCACUGCGUAUGACAGAGCUGGCUCCGUCUGCCUCUCCCAGCUUUCUUGGGGCCCUUUCUCUAUCUAUUCUCAAGGCAAAAGUCACACCAAAAGAAAGAACACGCUCCAACCUCCACUCAACGCUUCAUUCAGUCAUUCAUCCACCCAACACAGAUUUAUUGAGUAGUUCUCAUGUGCCAGACACUCUCCUAAGUACACAUGACAAAGAAUGAACAUGAAAGACAAGGUCUCUCAUCAUUUUACUCCAUACCUUGUUCUGAAGAUACUGCUCUUUCAUGGGCUCUGUCCUUUAUCACUUGUGUUCAGCAUUGGAAGCCUACAUGAGCCUGUGGCCAAGGAAGAUGUCUUUGAACCAGACUAAUCCAUAGCAUGGUCCUUUUUGGAAGGGUCUGUAGAGGGGAGUGGUGAGCAGGGAGCUGUGGCUGCUUCUUCCUGCAGGCCCUGCUACUCACUGUGGAGGAUGAUCUCUCAUUCUUACCCUCUCUGUGUGUUUCAUCCCCUAACCUCAACUGAUCCUAUUCUGUUUCUCUGGUCUGGGCUAAUUUCCUUUUAAACUGCAUGUCAUGUGGUCAAAAGUUAUUUUGUUUGGGGUAGGGAAGUUUCUUCACUGGAUGUAGACCACCUGUCUUGCACUUUUGCAAGCACAUCCUUUUCUGAUUUCUGGAGGCCCUUUUGGUUUACUUUCUCAGGAAAUUUUUUGGAAUCCCAGGUAAAACCAAUACCAGUCCCAUGUUUGAUGUAUGCAGGCUUUUCUGUUAUGGCUGAUCUAUUGUAGGUAAUUUCUAGAAAGACUUCAACUCCUCAGUGAAGUCAGGUUCCUUGCUACACAGCCCAGUAUCUCUAGCUCCCUUCAGACAAAGAAUGGGCUUUUAAUACCCAUGAGAGAAGAUGACAUGAAAUGAACAGGAAAUGUUUUUCCUGCUCUAAGAUGAAGAUACUCCCAGCACCAUUAUUUUCCCAGCCAUGUGGCUCUAGGUUUCUUUUCUCUGGUUGACUUUCUUCUCUGUAUGGUCAGAUUUGUGACCUUUCUCUUGUUCACUAAUUCAUAAUACCCGCCCCAGCACAGUAUCGAUAUGCUUAAAAUGUUGUUCUGGAGACAUACACCAGAACUGAAACACUGCCCACUCCACACAGAUCUUCACAUCAUCAGAAGAGCUUACUCCAGGAAAUGAGUUUUGGAGGGGGUUAUUGGAAUGUAGAGGCAAAGUCAACAUUCUUCUUUUUUCCCUAGACUUCACAUAACAUCAUACAAUCAAACAAGAUCCUGGCUACCCCUCAUUGGCCUGUAAGGACUCCCCUGAGUUUGUGAGUGUCAAACACUAUUAUCCAAAUUAUCAUUUUGCUGGUCAAUCCACCUGUAAAAAAAAAUCACAUUUUUUAACAUAACUUAC